AUGAGAGACAAGGCUGCAACCUAUUGCGGUAUACUCGUGACUAUACUGCGGCAAUCAGGCCGUCUCAGCGCCGGCCGAUGCUUAGACGUCGAGCACCCCAACCAAAGCGACUCCCUUGCCGUCCUUGAGGGCAAAUGGGAAAGGUGGGUUGAGGCCGAGUCAUUCAAGCGGUAUGCCAGUCGUAUCUCCUUCAACUACGAAGCACCAGCCCACUCACAGCGAACCCUUAGGCUUGUGUAUCGGCUCCUAAUUCACAGUGCUCAAGAAGCGGCAUACAGACUCUUUCCUCCUAGCUUGUCUUACGCGGAAGUAUCUGUCACGUUUCCCGCAGCGCCGUCUCUUUGGCAGGCGACGAGUGCGACUGAGUGGAGAGAUCGAUAUCUCCAUUGCUUGAGGGACCCAGUUCGUGGGACGCUGGCCCCAGUCAACCUACACGACUGUUUGCGAAAGCCUGCCCAUUUCGACCUCUUCCCGGUGUUCCAGGACUGCGAGUUUGCCUUGAUGUGUGUUCUCCAUGGUGUCAUGACGUUGAGCCUCGAGGAGAAUAGGCGCCGUGUCGUUUUGGGUGGUAACUUGGCAACCCCGACCCUUCCUGGGUGUCUUUUUAAUCUCGAUGCCACCAGUGGACAAAGCUGCCAUCUUUCACGCUUGGCAAGCGAGGUGCGGCUCCUCUGGGGAAAGGGAAAUAUUCCAAAGUCAUCAACUGCAGUCAUCAUUCGUGAACUUGGCGCCCUGCACAGAAGCACACCGCUCAAUGAGAUGCAAUUCUUGAUCGAAUGCCUCGACCAGAGGAUGAUUAUCAGAACGCUGGUGGGCUUACGACAGUGGCGAUUAAGCAGCGAGGCGAGACGGGCGGUUUGGCAUGCUGGUCAAAUUUGGCGAAUCGUCCGUGUGCCGGACAACAUCCGCCCUGCCGCCUUUCUGGUGAUUGCCGCAUGGCAAGCCAUGCUAUGCCUUUGGAUGUACUGUGGUCUCUCAGAUGGAGGUCUCCUGCAGGGUGCAUUCCCGUCCUUGGCCUGGCCCAGCCUUUCGACCUGGUCCAACGAUGAGGAUUCGCAGCAGGAUUGGUCGUCCCCGUGCGUCCACAUCGACAGUGACCCAACAGCGGAGUCUGAACAAUGGCUUGAGUGUGGCGUGGGGUUCCCGGCCAUUUCAUUCAAUGAACCGUUGGAGGAUGGUAGCGAGACCAGAGCCUUUCUGCCAUUAGUGCCGUUGCGUAUGAGACCAGGCGAAGCUAAGAAGUUUGGCCACGAGGUUGCAAGGCUUGCUCGGGAUAGGUUUUCUAGCGACGGGGGGCACAUAGCGGUGCUGGAUGGGAUCUGUGAAAUAUUUUAUGCAAUGGGCAGAUACCUGUGA